AUGGAUCAAUGUGGAUUUCUACUGUUGUGUGCCUUUAACCACCUGUUUGACUUAUUCAUUCACACAGGAGAGAGACGGGACUAUCAUGGAUCCUCUGGGGAGCCUCAACAACCUCAUGAUGCUGACGAGGCAGAACAGUCUCUCUCCAGGUCAGAACACCUCAAGAAACACCAGCAGAGACCAACAGGGAAGAAACCUCACUGCUGCUCUGACUGUGGAAAGAUAUUUUCAAAAUCAUAUACAUUACAAUCACACCAUAGAACACACACAGGAGAAAACCCGAAUAGCUGUACUCAAUGUGGGAAGAGUUUUGUUUCAUCUUACUAUUUGACUAUACACCAGAGAAUACACACAGGAGAGAAACCUCAUGGCUGUACUCAAUGUGGGAAGAGUUUUGCUCAGUCAAGCUGCCUGAUAUCACACCAAAGAACACACACAGGAGAGAAACCUUAUAGCUGUGAUCAAUGUGGGAAGAGUUUUAUUCAGUCAAGUCAUCUUAAAGCACACCAGAGAACACACACAGGAGAGAAACCUCAUAGCUGUGAUCAAUGUGGGAAGAGAUUUACUCAGUCAGGUGGCCUGAUAUACCACCAGAGAACACACACAGGAGAGAAACCUUAUAGCUGUGCUCAAUGUGGGAAGAGUUUUGCUACAUCUAGCAAUCUGACUAUACACCAGAGAACACACACUGGAGAGAAACCUCAUAGCUGUAACCAAUGUGGGAAGAGUUUUGCUCAGCCAAACAACCUGAUAUCACACCAGCGUACACACACAGGAGAGAAAUGUCAUAGCUGUGAUCAAUGUCACAAGAGAUACUCUCGUAAAAGAUCUCUGAUCAAACAUCAGAAAAUACAUGCAUGAAGUUGUUUCAUGAUAUCAAUGAAAUAAUGUCACAAUGUAGAAUGUUUUUAACAUUGUAGUAGGAGUAUUUUAAUGAUGUCACGAUAAUGAUGGCAAAGUUGUCUAAUUACUAUGUCAUCGUAUUUCCAGGACACUAUAGUGUCUUCUCAGAUAUUGGUAGCUAGCUAACUAUCCUUUUCACUGUUGUUUAAGCUGCAGUCAGAGUCCGUCAGAAUGUCCCAAUGUAGAACCCUAAACGUUUGUCCCCUGUUUAAUUGAUUUCAACAUGAUAUGAAUAUUAGCCUCAGGGGAAAAAUCCAGGCUCUGAAUUUAAAGAGUACUAUGUAAUGCAACACUAAAAUGCAACACUUCAAAAUGUAGCUAGCUGUUUUCUACAAGUUGUCCUCUAACCAGUUAUGUACAC